CUACUGACAGAAACUGCACUGCGAAAAACAGAAGAAGUACAGUGACUAGCAAGUCUGUUCCGAUGCCUUUGAGGCGACCUCGUCCUCCUGCAGUCCACAACCAGACAUCGAUUCGCAGUCUGAUUCAAGCAUGUGCCAACAGUCUACCUCUCCUCGAAAUCGGCGUUCGUAUUCUUGAACAUUUCCAGCAGCUGCUGUGCUUGAAUGUCUCUCUCGGGAAGAAUGCGCAGGACGGAGAUGGCAUCGAUGACUUCUCUUCUCAGCCAAGGGAAGAGACGGUAGUGAGCAAACAAACAAGCCAAAACCAGAAGAGACCAUGCAAGCGCCCCCAGGAUCCACAGCUGCAUUGAAGUGCAGACAAAGACACAAUACACUAUGUGCAAUCAAGUGUGGUUUGUCACUUAUUUACUUUCGUCUCAUGUGCGAGGAGGUCCGCAUCAGCCUCCUACACGAAGAAACAUGGAGAAGCUGGUCAAUCCCACGGAUGCUUACUCUCUCACCUCCAUGAAGAGGUCUUCAAACUUCUCAAAACCUAAAUGGAUUACAUGGAGAUGAAUAAACACUCCCGACUCUCAGCUUUGUCUCACCCCCCGAAAGGUCGUAAUGCAAGCUGUUUUCCAAAAACCUACACCACAUAUCAAGAUGACGAGAGCCGAGUCAUACUCGGAAAUCGCACGCCUCUCUUGCUUACCAGUAGUCAGGCGGCUCGUUUGCCGUCAUUCGAUUCAUCACUGGAAGGGUGCCAUUCGCCUCAUUGCCAGCUAUCUCCAAUCGCCGAGUAUGAGCAGUCACCGCGUAGUAUGAUGGCGGUGUACCGUUCCCAUGCAGCCAGUUUCGAUGAAAGCGCUCGGCCUCUUCGAACCUGAAAAGUGCACAAAUAUACGCCGGCAAUCCGCAAUCAAUGCGGCUAGUCAGGCUCGGCUCGGCGCUUCGCGCCUCGCCUCCGCAGACAGGCCAGGUGAUCAGUGCCUUGUAUAGUCCCUGCUCCAUCAAGUCAGAGAAAGGAUAUGGGUGGACUCUGUUUGAGCACGUUCCCUCCUGCAGGACAGGAAAGAAACGAAUCGUCAUAGAAGGCGCGCGAGCCCGUCAGUCACUCAAUGAACCGACCGAUUUAGGCAGGAGACAAGAAGGAAAAUAGAGCAAUCUGAGACAGUACGAGUGCCAUUAGAUAAGGAGCAUUCUCUAUGUCGGCACAAUCACUGUCUCUCACUUUUUCCGUGCUGAGAAACGACGAUCCACGGGCUCUUCAGCCAUGUCCUGAUGGUACAGAAGACUGCCCAGCUCACUCCUUGCCUCGUGAAUGUCAUGCUGAAAGGUAAGCCAUACAUCAACAGAGACGACAGAGAAAACAGAGAGAACGGCCGCUGAUGCGUGCAGCUGAUGAAAGACAUGCCUCGAUUUCCGCAGCAAAGCCUCCGCCCGAAGAAUCUCUUCUGUUCGCCGAUCGCCAAGGAAAUAGAUCUUUCUCCACCAAGUGCAGAGCGACAACCCCGGCUUGACGGAGCCUGCACAGAACACGGCAGAUGAUCAGGAUGAGUUGACGCUCAUCUCAGCGGCACGCACCUAAACUCAACCAUCGUAGCCUAAGAAGAGACACGGACAGCUAAUGUUACAUCCUGAGGGGAAGCAGAUGGUAGUGUUCUGCCUCACCUUGACCACCUCGUCGGUCAGGUUGUGCGACAUUGUCAUCAGCACGGCCUGCAGGAGACCCACGAUGGGAACAAGCUUGUCAUGGAGAUAAUAAAGCGCAUGCACGCCGACCAUGAAUGUGUAUGUGAAGACGCUGUAAGCCAGGAUGCUUCCCAUGAAGAAAAAGAGAGUCCUCGAAAAACGCCCUCUUAUGCACACGUUAAGCCAUCGGAUGAUGUUUGGCGGCUCUCUGAGCGGAACGGCAAUGAGACAGCAGUGAGUGACUGUGAAGCACAUUUCUACCUGAGCCAGCGAUGUCUGACUUUGAAGAGAAGCCAUCUCCGAUGACAUGUGAACCAGCCUUUGUUCCGAUCGAUUCCGCUGCUGUCGAUGGAUCCGCGAUGUGAUCCAUGCCGCCUGUCGGCCCUGUCGCAGUGAUGUAUUGAGAAAAUAUCACAUUCGUUGGUUCAAUACCGCUUCUUUCUCUUUACGAGCUGGCUUGGUUGGGGCCGAAUUUCCUGGACUCCUCCCCAGCAGUCAU